UUGGUAAAACCUUCGCACAAAACGCACAAGCGCGCACACGCUCACACGCAGUUGCUCCGCCGCAGCGUCAGAGAGAAAGAAAGAGAAUGGAGACUGCAAGAACAGUGAAGGACGUCUCUCCCCACGAGUUCGUCAAGGCCUACGCCGCCCAUCUCAAACGCUCCGGAAAGAUUGAGCUUCCUCCGUGGACUGAUAUUGUGAAGACUGGAACAUUGAAGGAGCUUGCUCCAUAUGAUCCUGAUUGGUACUACAUCCGGGCUGCUUCCAUGGCCAGGAAAAUCUACUUGAGAGGCGGCUUGGGUGUCGGUGCAUUCCGUAGGAUCUAUGGAGGAAGCAAGAGGAACGGCAGUCGCCCACCCCAUUUUGGCAAGAGCAGUGGCUCUGUUGCUCGUCACAUUCUUCAACAAUUGCAGAACAUGAACAUUGUUGAAUUGGACACUAAGGGUGGAAGGAAAAUCACAUCCAGUGGCCAGAGGGAUUUGGAUCAAGUUGCUGGCAGAAUUCCAGUUGCCGCACAUUGAGAUAUGAACUCUGACUAAACUAUGGAGAACUUUUGAGAAUAUUUUUUGGAAUUAGUUGUUUGAUUGAGAGGUAGAUAUAGAAGACACUGUUGGUUAAUUUUGUGUCUGAUUUGUCUGGUACUUCUAUGAUGAAUAUUGGAUUUUAUAUUUCAAUAUGUUAUUUGUUCCUGGUCAA